UGUGGGAACAAAAAUGAAACGGCGAAUCCCAGAAAGCAACGACGUGAAUUAGAAGCUUGCAAAGAGAUAAAAGAGUAGUCUGACAUGUAUCCAAUUAUGUCUCUAAUGUAUGCCUAAUCCCAUUCUAUACCCCAUGCACACACGCAAAGAUAAAAGGCCUGCAAUCAUAACUAUGAAAAGCCCCUCCCCCCCACCACCUUAAUUACUCGUCUACCAUCUCCAAAUCCUCCUUAAUUUUUCUAUUCUCUUCGCUAUGAGAGUUCCUGUUAAACCUACACAAGGCAACAAUCAAUCCAACAACCCAAAGCCUGUUUCUUUCAACGCCUCAAUUAUAACUCAGAAUAUAAGUUUUGGUACAAACCAAGCUAACAGUGGGUCCAACCCUUGCUACGAGCCAACCUCUGUUCUUGAUCUUCGCCGGAGUCCAAGUCCUGUGCCUGAAAAAUCUGCCACUGCGACCGACGCUUUCAUUAUUCAAGACCCUCCUCCUCCGCCUGAGUGGGAGGAGCAUGUGCCGCGGAACAUGGACUGGGAUUCAAUCAUGAGGGAGCUGGGCUUAGAUGACGAUUCUGUUCCUGCUUUCAAGAGUAAUCCUCAGUUACCUCGCUGUGAGCCUCAAAUUCAACAACAAUUCACUGAGUUGACUCCUUGUCAGUCGCUUGAUUCCACUCCACUUCUUCAGUCUGAUUUUAAUUUUAAUGUUCCUGACAUCAACCUAAAUCAGAAUCAAAGUUUUAGUCAUUUUUUUGAGUCUCCUGGUAACAGUUUCCAAAACAACGUGGGGUUUGACUGUAUCGAGGAGCUAAUCCGCGCCGCUGACUGCUUCGACUCGAACGAGUUACAACUCGCUCAGGUGAUAUUGGCGCGGCUCAAUCAAAGGCUCAAGUUACCAGUGGGUAAACCGCUCCAAAGAGCUGCGUUCUUCUUCAAAGAAGCUCUCAACGCACUGCUCAUCGGGUCAACUCGUCCAAAUCGCCUCUCUACCAUUUCCGAAAUUAUACAAUCUAUCAGGGCAUACAAGGCCUUCAGUGGGAUCUCCCCCAUCCCCAUGUUCACUCACUUCACUUCCAACCAGGCUCUUCUUGAAUUCCUCGAAGGAUCACCACCGUUGGUUCACAUAAUUGAUUUUGAUAUCGGAUUCGGCGGCCAGUACGCCUCUUUCAUGAGAGAAUUAGCCGAAAAAGCGCAGUCUUGUCAUAAAACGAUGAACCCAACAUCUCUUCGUAUCACGGCUAUAGUACCUGAAGAGUACGUCACAGAAACAAGACUGAUUAAAGAUAUUCUUAUUCACUUCGCUCAAGAACUCAGAAUCAGGUUCCAAAUCGAGUUUGUGCUCGUCCGUACUUUUGAAAUGUUGUCUUUCAAAGCGGUUAAGUUCAUCGACUGUGAAAGAAUAGCAGUCGUUCUAUCUCCAACAAUAUUUAGGCUUCUGGGUACAACAAACAACGCUGUGGGGUUCGUCAAUGAUGUGCGAAGACUUUGUCCAAGUGUGGUGGUAUUCGUAGACAAUGAAGGGUGGAUAGAGUCCGGAGCAACGGUGUCGUUUAGGAGGAAUUUUGUGAACUAUCUUGAAUAUUACUCGAUGGUGUUUGAAUCACUAGAUGCAGCGAUGGGCAGUGGUGAGUGGGCGAGGAAAAUAGAAAUGUAUUUGCUGAAGCCGAAGAUAAUCGCGGCGGUUGAAGGGGCAUUGCGGCGCGUGGCAACGUGGAAAGAGCUGUUUUCACGGGCGGGAAUGAGGCCGGUGAAUCUGAGUCAAUUCGCCGAUUUUCAGGCGGAGUGUUUACUAGGGAAGGUACAGGCGAGAGGUUUCCAAGUGGCUAAACGCCCAGGCGAAUUGGUCCUUUGUUGGCAUCAGUGGGCCCUCGUUGCCACGUCAAUAUGGAGGUGUUAGAUGGGGGGAUACUUGGGCUAAAGAGUAAUUUCAAAUGUAUUCCAACCAAUUAAUUCUCUUUUUUUUGGGUUGUGUUAUGUUUUGUUGUAAUGGUAGAAAGAAGGUUGGAUAAGGAUAUUGUCCAAGUGUCUCCGUUUUUAGUUGAAUCUUCUUGGGAUUAAUUAACGUAACGUUUCCUAA